GACCUUUCUGGUCAAACACAAAGACAUUGCUUUCCUCUAUUUCUGCCAGAGUCCAACAGAGAGAGCACUAUAGACCUUGGAGCAGGUGGAGCCCUUGUCUCAUUCAUUCCUAGCACCGUGCAAAAGCAACGUGCAGCUCAUGCCUGGAUUCUCCUCGUACCUGCAGUCUGCUUCUAUUGGAAUUGGACAACACGGCAGUAUUUAAGCUCAGGAUGAAGAGGAUAACAACCGUACCAGCUUCACCGGCCCAUGGAGAGAACAGCUGAAGAGAGCAUGUGAAAUUGCUGUGAUGAACAGCAGAUGAGGGGAAGGCUUCUUGUGGUGAGGGAGAUCUAAGCAGCUCUUCAGGCCAGGAGGCAAACCAAGAAACAACUUCUUCGCAUGUAACCAGGCCCCGAAAAAGGCAAAGAAGAAGAUAGAAGGUGGUUCCAAUGUGUUCUCUAUGUUUGAACAAACCCAGAUCCAGGAGUUCAAAGAGGCUUUUACUAUCAUGGAUCAGAACAGGGAUGGAUUUAUUGACAAAGCUGACUUGAGAGACACAUUUGCUGCACUAGGUCGUCUGAAUGUCAAGAAUGAAGAGCUUGAAGACAUGGUGAAGGAGGCGCCAGGUCCUAUUAACUUCACUGUCUUCCUUACGAUGUUUGGGGAAAAGCUGAAAGGCACGGACCCAGAAGAAACCAUUCUGAAUGCUUUUAAGAUUUUCGACCCAGAAGGAAAAGGCCACAUAAAGGCAGACUACAUCAAAGAAAUGCUCAUGACACAGGCAGACCGAUUCAGUCAAGAAGAGAUCAAUCAGAUGUUUGCUGCUUUCCCUCCAGAUGUCUCUGGUAAUCUUGACUAUAAGAACCUCUGUUACGUUAUCACCCAUGGUGAGGAGAAAGACUAAGAGGAAAGAGAUGAGCUUCUCCUGUGAUGGUGCACCAAAUUAUUUCAUAAUGCUUUUGUGUGCAAGACAAAGAGCUAAACAUUCAGUAUGUGAAACCAUGUGGUCAUCAGAAGAGAACCAAUAAAACAAUUGAAAUUAGAUUAAAGUUA